AUGGCCGCAGUACUCAAUCCGUCCUCGUAUGUGCCCCGUCAGGGCAUUCUGCUCAACCGAUCACCCUCUGUAUCACCCUACCGACAUUCGAUAGCUCUUCCACACCUCGUGCCGUCUAACUCUUCUCUAUCUUCUACCACAUCGUCUGCGUCUAAUCUGAACACGUCAGACUCAGAGCACUACCUCUCGAGCAACCCGGGAUCGCCUAAGCGAGCCUCGCGACCACCACCAGGUGGUCACGAUCUGAAGCCUCGCGCGGGCUCUAUGCCCACUUCGCGUCGCAUUCGGUUUGCGCCACUGCCUGACCCGCGACGCGACCUGUUUAUCACUAGUAGGGACGAUCCGUCUCUGUCACCAGUUUUCCUUGACGACUGGUGCGAUCCCAAGGGAAGCCAAAAUCUUAAUGCCUCAUCUAGCGGCCAAUCCCACCUCAGCCUGAAGGAUCAAGAUACCAAAAUCAGGUCUGCACCAUCUGGCUCGUUGCUAUUCAACAACGAUCCUGGAGUGCACCAUUCAGCAUCCGAAUCAACCCACACUCUCGCCAGCACAGCCACCAUCAUUCCGUACCCCGCCGUUGCUGGAGCCUCAAGCCCACACGGUGCUACUCCCUCAGAUCUGGAGGGAGGUGAUUGGAAUGUCCUGCCUUCAUCACGCGCUUCUAGCAUCAAUCUUCCGGACGAGCCACCUCGGCGCUCAAACAGCAAUGGCAAUAAAUGGUCCAAAAAGCUGUUGAAGCCGUGGUUGAGCCCCCUGUCUAAAAGUUCAAACCGCUCGACCGACGAGUUGCACAGCUCAGCUUCAACUACAAGCCUCACGAGCUUGAACAGCAUUUACAGUUCUCCGAGAAGUCCGGAUGUUGAGGGAUGUAUGGCGCUGGGCGCUGGUUCGAGUUCGAGGAACGAGAAGGGCAAGGAGAAGUCGAAGAAAAAGAGGCGCGAUAAGGUCUUCGAUCCGGAUUGCGUUCAUGAAUUCGGCACGCCGCUGUAUCGCUGGACAAGUGAAGGCGGUGAUUCUAUGGGCAUUCAGCUCGACAAACGCGGCCGUCGCAUGAUUAUCAGCGAUUCGCGAGAAGCAAGUCCAGAGUCACGCAAGAAUCACGAGCGCGAGAGACAGCGCAUUCGGAGCGGAAGCGGAACCCGAAUGCUCAAUGGAAGAGUGUACGGCGCGAAGCGGAUGAAUGGCAAAAAUGCCUUCGCAAAUGUUCGCACCGAAGAGCCUGAAUUCGUGGAGUGGGGCUAUGGAGGCAUGGGGAGCGUGCGAGCGUCGGGAGGGGCGGGUAUCUGGUCAAGAUUGCAGGCAGGCAGUGGCGUGAGCAUCGGUGCACACGAGAGUGAUUCAAAGCCGCGAGGGCGUCCAAGCACGGCGAAUUCAGCCAGAGACGAUGACGAUGACGGCAGCGGCAUGGCGUGGGUGAAGCGAAGAAGAGAGCAGCGAGAGAGAGAACUGAGGGAACAGGAGAGAAAAGAACGUGAACAGCAGCAGCAGACGGAAGAGAACACCGAAAGCAGUUCUGGCUCACCGGUGGAUAGCUUGGUCGGGACUGAGUCGCCGUCGGUGGCUGAACCUCACUCAAGUGUGUCCGAUCCUGAUUCUCCACACCACAUCGCGCCCUCCGAUGCGCCAGCGGAUAUUCUGUCUUCCUCGCCGGCGUCGAUGGCGGCGUCGUUGCCCGGGACAUCGUCGCCGAAGAAUUACGUCUUGACCGCUGUGACCUUGCCUCCGGAUCAUUACGCCCAUCACCACUCCCACUCCCUUUCACGCAGCACGAUCGAGAGGCUACCGAGUAUCAUCAGGGCGGAGGUCGAACGCAAGGACAGCGCUGACACGGCGCGCAAUGUGCCGCCACCUCAAGGGCAGACGCCCGAACACGCCCACGUGAGCGAAGCGCCCGCCAUGGCGUCAAAGCAGACGGAGGGUGUUGCUGAAGGCAGAGAGCGCAGAGAGAGCGUCCGAUCUGAGUUGAGCAUCACGUCCUUCUCUAGCACGAGCACUAGCGAGUAUCUUGACGACGCCGAUGUCGAUGAGGAUGAAAAGGAGAACCACAAGGACGACGACGAUGACGACGAAGAGGAAGAGGAGCUCGAGAAUGGUGGACGUCUUGCACUCGGCGCAGGUGUCGAGAAAGUCAGCAGGCACAAACAGAGCCCUUCCGUGCAGAAUGCUGCAUCGGAAUGA